GUAGUCUGGUCCCGACAAAAAUACUGGAGUAAAAGCAUGGAAAUCUGAAGACCUCUGUUCCUCCUAAAAAGGGAUAAAAUAACAACUAAAAAAAAAAAAAAAAAAAAGAAGAGAUGGGAAAUCCAGAAACCAUCGGGAAUGCAUACGUUGCAGUGAUUCGUCCAAAAAAUACUGCAAGCCUGAAUUCUCGGGAAUAUCGAGCUAAAUCCUAUGAAAUUUUGUUGCUCGAGGUUCCCAUUGAAGGUCAAAAAAAAAAGAGAAAGAAAGUUUUAUUGGAAACUAAGCUGCAGGGCGGCACUGAAAUAACCCAGAGCAUCUUGGAUUAUGUCCUGGAAGCCACCAAACCAAUUUCACCAGCCAAUCAGGGUAUUAAAGGGAAGCGUGUAGUGCUAAUGAAGACAUUCCCUCUGGAUGGAGAGAAAGCAGGCCAGGAGGCAUCACUUUACAUCGUUCCUACUGUUGUGAAAGAUAAUACAAAAUACACAUACAGUCCAGGAUGCCCUGUGUUCUACUGUUUACAAGACAUCAUGAGAGUCUGCAGUGAAUCCAGCACACAUUUUGCAACGCUUACUGCAAGAAUGUUAAUUGCCUUGGAUAAGUGGUUGGAUGAACGGCAUACCCAGUCUCAUUCCAUCCCAGCUUUAUUCAGACCAUCUCCUCUUGAGAGAAUUAAAACAAAUGUAAUAAACCCUGCUUAUGCUAUAGAACCUGGUCAAACAGAGAGCUCGUUACACAUGGGUUAUACUGCUCUGGAAAUAAAGAGUAAAAUGCUGGCAUUAGAGAAAGCAGAUAUGUGUAUCUAUAAUCCUCUGUUUGGAUCUGACCUUCAGUAUACCAACAGGGUUGACAAAGUGGUAAUAAAUCCCUACUUUGGCCUUGGAGCCCCAGACUAUUCAAAAAUUCAGAUUCCUAAAAGAGAAAAGUGGCAACGCAGCAUGAGCAGUGUCACAGAGGACAAAGAACACCAGUGGGUAGACGAUUUCCCUCUUCACCGCAGUGCUUGUGAAGGCGACUCUGAUUUACUAAGCCACCUUCUGGAUAAAAAGUUUUCUGUUAAUCAGUUAGACAGUGACCACUGGGCACCAAUCCAUUAUGCAUGCUGGUAUGGAAAAGUUGAAGCUACUCGGAUGCUAUUGGAGAAAGGAAAGUGCAAUCCAAAUCUUUUGAACGGCCAGCUUAGUUCUCCUCUACAUUUUGCUGCUGGAGGUGGGCAUGCUGAAAUAGUACAAAUUCUCCUGAAUCAUCCAGAAAUUGACAGACACAUUACUGAUCAACAGGGAAGGUCUCCACUGAAUGUCUGUGAAGAGAACAAACAAAAUGAGUGGGAAGAAACUGCAAAACUGUUGAAGGAUGCCAUAAAUAAACCUUAUGAAAAGGCACGAAUUUAUCGUAUGGAUGGGUCGUACCGCUCUGUUGAGUUGAAACAUGGGAACAAUACUACUGUACAGCAAAUAAUGGAAGGGAUGCGUUUGUCUCAAGAAACCCAGCAAUACUUUACUAUCUGGAUCUGUUCUGAGAACCUCAGCCUCCAAUUGAAGCCCUUUCACAAGCCUUUGCAGCAUAUUCGAGACUGGCCUGAAAUAUUCACUGAACUGACAAACUUGGAUCCUCAGAGGGAAACUUCACAGCUUUUCCUGAGAAGAGAUGUGAGACUUCCACUAGAAAUAGAAAAAAAGAUUGAGGAUCCAUUGGCUAUUCUUAUUCUUUUUGAUGAAGCCAGAUAUAAUUUAUUGAAAGGUUUCUAUACGUCGCCCGAUGCUAAGCUGAUCACCCUGGCAAGUCUCCUUCUACAGAUAGUUUAUGGAAAUUAUGAGAGCAAGAAACAUAAACAGGGCUUUCUAAAUGAAGAAAAUCUUAAAUCUAUAGUACCAAUCACUAAACUAAAAAGUAAAGCUCCUCAUUGGACAAACAGAAUACUUCAUGAAUACAAGAAUCUGAGCACCAGUGAAGGUGUAAGUAAAGAGAUGCAUCACCUUCAGCGCAUGUUUUUGCAGAAUUGCUGGGAAAUUCCAACUUAUGGAGCAGCUUUUUUCACAGGACAAAUAUUCACCAAAGCAAGUUCGAGUAGCCAUAAAGUCAUCAAGGUCUACGUAGGAGUAAAUGUGAAAGGGCUGCAUCUCCUGAACAUGGAAACAAAGGCUUUACUCCUCAGCUUAAAGUAUGGCUGUUUUAUGUGGCAGUUGGGAGAUGGAGAUACAUGUUUUCAGAUACACAGUCUGGAAAACAAAAUGAGUUUUAUUGUGCAUACCAAACAGUUAACUAAAAUUCCAGAGGAGCUUUCCAAACUGGUGUCCCUCAGGGAGCUUGACAUAUCUCAUAACGCGCUGAAGGAAAUGCCUGACAGCAUAGGGGAACUGAAGUUUUUGGUCCAUCUAAUUGCAAAUAACAAUGAGAUCAGCCAGCUCCCCAGAUCUAUUACAUCGCUAGGAAGUCUGCAGCACCUUGACCUUAGUGAAAAUCGGCUGAGAUAUUUGCCUGCUGGCCUUCGUCACCUUUAUUUGCUGAAAGACAUAAACUUUGAUGGAAAUUCUCUGUUUGAGCCACUACAAGAUAUCUGCAAAGGAAAGCAAUUACAUCCCAUUCUAUGCUAUCUGGAAAGUGCUAAUGAAAGAGAUGAGAAAAUAUUGCACAAGAUGAUAGAAAUGAUUGCUGGCAAUGUUGCUUCUGAAGAUUUUGAAUUCUUCUGCCAGAAACUACAGCUUGGUCAGACUGACAUCAAGGCUCUGCAAAAUACCAGGGCUCUUAAGUUGAAAGAGAAAAUCACCAAGGCGCUGGACAUCUGGAUCAGUGAAAACCAAGCCCUAACUUAUGGUGAAAUGAUAGAGAAACUGAUCAGAAUGCUGAACCACCCUCCUCACAUCCCCUCGAGCAUCCCAUUCCUCGGACAUGCCGUAGCGUUUGGAAAGAGCCCUAUUGAGUUUCUGGAAAAUGCCUAUGACAAGUAUGGACCUGUGUUCAGUUUCACUAUGGUUGGCAAGACGUUUACGUACCUGCUGGGCAGCGAUGCUGCUGCGCUGCUGUUCAACAGCAAAAAUGAAGACUUGAAUGCAGAAGAUGUGUACUCCAGGCUGACCACACCAGUCUUUGGAAAGGGGGUGGCUUACGACGUCCCUAACGCGGUAUUUUUGGAACAGAAGAAGAUGCUCAAAACUGGGCUAAACAUUGCUCAGUUUAAGCAGCAUGUAACUCUGAUUGAAGAAGAAACAAAGGAAUAUUUCAAAGCCUGGGGAGAGAGUGGAGAAAGAAACCUGUUUGAAGCCUUUUCAGAACUUAUCAUUUUGACAGCAAGUCACUGCUUGCAUGGGAAAGAAAUAAGAAGCUUACUAAAUGAGAAGGUGGCUCAGCUGUAUGCUGACCUGGAUGGGGGCUUUACUCAUGCUGCGUGGCUUCUGCCAGCCUGGCUACCUCUGCCCAGCUUCAGGCGUCGAGACCGAGCGCACAGAGAAAUAAAGAACAUUUUCUACAAGGUUAUCCAGAAGCGUCGGAGUUCUGAGGAGAAGGAGGAUGACAUGCUCCAAACUCUACUUGAUGCUUCAUACAAGGAUGGCCGCCCACUGACAGAUGAUGAGAUAGCAGGGAUGCUCAUUGGGCUGCUGCUGGCAGGGCAGCACACAUCCUCAACCACGAGUGCCUGGCUGGGCUUCUUCAUAGCCAGAGACAAAGCGAUACAGGAGCAGUGCUACGCAGAGCAGAAAGCUGUCUGUGGAGAUGAUUUGCCACCAUUAACUUACGAACAGCUCAAGGAUCUCAGCUUGUUAGAUCGCUGCCUAAAAGAAACCUUAAGGCUGAGACCUCCUAUAAUGACCAUGAUGAGACUGGCCAAAACUCCACAGACGGUCGCAGGAUACAGCAUUCCCCCCGGCCAUCAGGUCUGCGUGUCCCCCACCGUCAACCAACGCCUGAAGGACUCCUGGAAGGACGCCCUGGACUUCAAACCUGACCGCUAUCUCCAGGACAACCCGGCAGCUGGGGAGAAGUUUGCCUACAUUCCAUUUGGCGCUGGCCGUCAUCGCUGUAUUGGAGAGAACUUCGCUUACGUUCAGAUCAAGACUAUCUGGUCCACUUUGCUUCGUUUGUACGAAUUUGAUCUCAUCAAUGACUACUUUCCAAGUAUAAAUUAUACAACCAUGAUACAUACACCUAAUAACCCAGUUAUCAGAUAUAAGAGGAGGGCACUGUAAGUUCUGGAGCUAAAACCUUGAAUUGUACAAACUAACAGACUUCUGGUGAAAUAAUUGUGACAAAAUGAAUGGCAAAUGGAAACUGUUCCACGUACUGUAUAGAGACAGGCCUGCACCCUCUUUGCAUCUGUUUUGUUCAUUUCCCCACACUGUUUAGUGUUGCUGUGUGUAACUGCUUGUUCUACCACUUUCUUGGUGCUUUUAUUGAAAGAAAAACUGUCUUCUAUGUGUGUAACACUUCUAAGGUGUGCAUGCCUCCCUCCCCCUGGCCUUUAAGUGAAGAAAUGUUUUUUAAAGCAAAGAUUCCAGUUGAUAGAAAAAAAAAAAAACAACAAAAAAAACAUUAGACAGUUGCCUUUCCCCAGAUGAGGAGGGGUAUGACUGUACCUUACCUCUGUGCCCAACGACAGUAACUCCAUCAGGUACAAAGGACUGAGGGCAGUGCAUAUGCCCUGUUUUGAAACAGAAUCACAGAUUGAAAAGUGGCAUUCUGGUUGCUUUUUGGAAUUAUUUGGAAUUAAUUAUUAUUACAGACUGUCACUGUGUGGCUGAGUAGAGGUGUCUGCAGAAGUGUUCAUAGGGAAGUUCUGUAACUCAACAAUUUAAAUGUUUAACUUGGAGCACUUGUAAAAUACUUCGCUUCAGGAAGCUACAAGUAAUUUUCUAAAGUAAACUGUGAAAAGCAGCCAUCUCUGAAAGCUUGGUGUAAGCAUGGAAAUAACAACAGGAUGACAGCGCUAGUAAAUAACACGUUUACCUGGAAAAUAAUCCAUAAAUGAAGUGAGAUAUCUGAAUGCUGUUAUGCUUUGCAUUGACUCCUGCAGGAUUGUUGAAUAGUGUUUGGUUCACAAGUGGUGGUGAUGGUCUUGAGCUCCAGCUCAUAGGAAUUUUGAUUAAAAUUUGUAAAGAAA